AUGGGCUAUGAAGAGACCUGGGGGCUGCAGCUUUCGUGGACACCACAGAAAAGGACAGUUUCUCCUUAUUCUGCGGAAGAGAAACAUGUUAUUUCACUUCUGGGGCAAGUAAUCAUUAUCUGCCCCAAGCACUCUGCUAGGGAUUGUGGCCGACAGAGAGGAACUGUCUGGAGGCAGCCAGAAGCUCAGCUGGCAAGAGUGAAGGUAAGCAAGCAGCUGCCCCCAAAGACCUAUAAACUCUUUGCCUCCCUCUUCUGGAUUGAUGCCCAGGACUUUCAUAUCAGCGUCAUAGACAAGAAACAGGGAAAACGCUGCUGCGCUCUUGGGUCAGGAGAGAACCAACUCAGCCCCUCAGCUGCAGAGGAUCACAGCACUGUAAGCUACAAGCAGACACUGGAGCAUCUCCAGUGCCUGAGGCACCAGCGGCAUCCAGUGAGAGAUGAUGCUGGAUCCACCCUGAGGAUCCUAGCAGGGGAUACUGGUGCCAAGCACCAGGGAAGACUCCAGUUCUGUGGGGUCUUUUCAGCUUUUCUGUGCAGUGCAGACUUUCUGCCCGGUGCAGACACGGGUAUGAGACGGGUGACAGAGCCGAGGCAGGCACCCCGUCCCGCUGCCUCGCAGCCAUCUCGGCAACGCUUUCCUCUUCUGUGCAGCGACUUCAGCAGGGCUGACGAAGCUGACGCCCGUGAAAUCGGCGUGUUUUGCUAUAAACGGCCUCCGUCGGAGGGGUGGGUGGGCUGGGCGUCUGCGGGUCUGCACCGCUCACUCCCGGCGGCUCCGAUUCCCACCCCGGGCCCCCUCUCCCAGAGCCGCUUCGGCUCCGCCGCCGCCGCCGCAGCCACCUCCCCUCCCCGGGCGCUCGGUGGUGCCGCCGCUACCCCGUGCUCCCGCGGGCCCCCCUCGGGAAGCGGCAGUCCCGCAGGGCCGGGCCGGGCCGGGCCGGGGGGCCGGCGGGGCGGCAGCGGCAGCGGCAGCGACGAGGGGCAGCCGGGCUCGCCGCCGCCGCCGUUCGCGCUGCCGCCGGGCUUGCGGGAGGAGCUGCGGCAGAGGCGGCGCGACCUGCGGCGCCUGGCGGCUUCGGGCGGCGGGGAGGCGGCGGCGGCGGCGGCGGGCGGGCUGGGCUGCGGCGACCUGAGCCUGGCGACGGGCGUCAGCGUGCUGGGCUGGGGCUUCACCAAGGUGGUGGCGCGGGCGGCGCUGGCGGGCGGCGGCGCCGUCGCCCUCAAGUCGGUGCACGGGGCGGGCCGGGAGGUGCGGCAGUGCGUGCUGCGGUACGGGGCGCCGGCGGGCUGCCGCCGCCUGGCCGCCUACAAGCUGCUGAAGGAGGUGACGCUGCUGCAGCGCCUGCGGCAUCCCGGCAUCGUCCAGCUGCACGGUCAAUGCUAUGAUAAUAGCGGAGAUCCUGAAAUACGGGUCACGGCUAUGCUGGAGCUGGGAUCCCCCCUGGAGAUGAUUGAGCUUCUGCAGACCCCCUGGGAGGAGAGAUUUAAAAUUUGCCUGAGUCUUGUGAAACUGCUGUUUUACUUGGCACAUUCCCCUCUGGGUUCAAUAGUCCUCUUGGAUUUCCAGCCGAGGCAGUUUGUUAUGGUGGAUGGAAACCUAAAAGUGACAGACAUGGAUGAUGCCAGCACUGAGGAACUGUCAUGCAAGGAAGAUAAAGACUGCACACUCGACUUCCCUACAAAAAGCUUCCCUCUCAAAUGCUCUGCGGUUGGGAAAUGUGAAGGAAUAAAUGAAAAGAAGAAUCUUUUCAAUGCAUAUCGGUAUUUUUUCACCUAUCUUUUGCCACACUCUGCACCACCAGCUUUGCGGCCCUUUUUGGGCGAUAUUCUGAAUGCAACAGGUGAUUUACGAUAUGGAAUAAAUGAAACCCUGAAAGCUUUUGAAAAGGUUUUACAUCUGUACAAGUCUGGGCUCUAUCUGCAGAAAAGACCUCUUCUCUUAAAAGACUACAUCUCCCUAAAGGGCUUCCGAAUGGUGGAAGGCGAAGACUACAAGUGCUGGCCCUCCUACAGCCACUUGGGAUGCCUGCUCUCUGUUCACGGCGCCGAGGAAGCCGCCGCAAUUUGUAACUCCCAAUCGCAGUGUCAAAGUUUUAUCGUCACCCAGCAGAGGACGUGGACAGGACGCCCACUCGCCUCGUUUCAGAGUAGCCUGACUGAUUUAAUACCAGAUGCUAACGCUGUAGUCUAUAUUAAACGAUCGACUUCCUCAGGGGAAAGACUUUAAAGACAAUGAGAUCACAUAAAAUGAUCCUGGGAGGAACAAACCACUGGGGAGAAUUUCAUCUGCUGAAAAGAAUGGCAUACUUUAUUUUGCUUUGGGAUGGGAUCUUCCUGCCAGCUCAGAUAGAGUCAAAUGCUGCUGUCUCCUUGAUCAAAGCUCAGAUUUCUUACUGCAACCCCGCUAGCUUCUUUAUCUGUUCCCACACUGCUGUUCCGCAUAAACGCUCCCAGUUUUAGUCAAAUGGUGCUAGACUGUGCAAUACCUAGCCUUGCUGCUUUGGUAAACUGCUUGUCAGCCAAGAAAUAGAAAUAGCUGCAAGGGAUCCGGCUUGGGUAGGCUUAGUUCAGUCACCUCCAAAAACCUAUGGAUAACACACCUUGGAGAAGGCAAUGGCUCCUUCUGCAGCUGCUGACCGGGAUUUCAUACCACUGCAAAUGUAAAGGACUGGAUUUCAGCUAUGGGGCCAAAGUUGCAGGAUUGGGAUCCAUAACCAGAGGUUGCUGAUGGGGGUGGUCUUCCAAGGAGGGUCCUGAUUCAGUUCCUUCAAGGGCAGGGGAGGGAGGUGGUGUAUAGGUCAACUCUGGAACCAAAUGUCUGCAUGUUUGGAUGCAGGAUUUGGCUUUGACCCUAUGUGAUUUGUAAUGUCAGCUCCCAUGUAUCAACCUUGAAGGUUUUUCUCUGUUACUUUCCGUGAAAGAGCGAGACAUUCAAAUUAUUUAUGUGUAAGGCAUGACUCUGUAUGAUAAAGAAUGACUAUGUUUAUUCUAA